AUGGCUAGUACUGCAAACGCCGCACUAGAGGUUAGUUACAUCAUCACUAUCAUCAUCAAUAGCAUCACUUUUCCCUUCACAAUUUUUCUCAACGUGCUGGUGAUAAUGGCCGUAAAAACGAGACCACGACUCCGAACAAACAGCAAUAUUUUACUGGCCUGCUUAGCGGUGACGGACGCUUUGGCCGGUGUCCUUGGACAACCGUCUUAUAUCCUGUGGAAGAUAUUCCUUUUACUCGGUCUCAGCUCAAGUGAAACAGUUGGAAAUUUCAAUAUCACUGUUAAGGCUACUUUGGUGGUUGCUUCAUGCCUUCAUCUGAUGUUGGUAACGUUCGAAAGGCUCAUAGCGAUCAAAUUUACGAUGCAUUACUCAAACAUUGUAACUCAGAGUACCAUUAAGAUAGCAGUAGUAUCAGUUUGGAUUAUCGCUUUCACAGCAGUAAAUUUAAGAUUGUUGAAAAUGUAUGUAUUAGCACGUUCCAUAUGUGGCUUUCUGAUUAUUUCAUGCAUCGUUUUCGUUGCCUUCACUUCGAUGAUUUUGUUUCAUGAAACCUGUCGCCACCAAAGGAAGAUAAAAGCACAGAAACUGCCCCAAGAAGAAGUGAAAAGAUUUACCAAAGAGAACAAAGCGCUUAAGACAACUGUGUUGGUAGUUUGUGCUGUUACUGUCUGCCUUCUUCCUGUUGCUUUCGGUCCAAUCUCUUUAGUUGCAGGCUUUCAUUAUAUUUCAACUAUCAUGGAACCAUGGUGGCAAACAUUUCCCUUGUUAAACUCGCUCGUCAAUCCACUGAUUUACUGCUGGAGACAAAAAGAAAUAAGAAUGUUUGUAUUUAGAAUAAGAAGCCAGGUUGGUCAUGCAGCUAAUAAUGAGUGA